GAAGUUUGAGCGACCGAGCCAAAGGGGGAAGCAAAAUGGCGGAACUCGAAGAUGUUACGCUAGAUGGGAAACCGCUUCAUUCGCUUCGUGUGGCGGAUUUAAAAGCUGCCUUGGAGCAACGAGGCCUGGCUAAAAGCGGGCAGAAAAAUGCGCUCAUCAAGCGACUAAAAGGGGCACUCAUGUUGGAGAGCCUGCAGCGAACCUCCACCUCUCAUCCCGGCCUGCAGCCCAACUCGCAGAUAGGGGAGGAGAUGAGCCAGAACAGUUUUAUUAAACAGUACCUGGCCAAACAGCAAGAGCUCCUGCGUCAGAGAAUGGAGAGAGAGGCACGUGAGGCAGCUGAGGCAGAUGAUACAGACAGCCCCGCAGGCCCUGAGGAGGACGAUCACACAGCUGCCAACGACAGCACCUCUUACACGCCAGACAAGCAUCACGUUGUAGCAUCUCGGCCCUCUGUGCCAGAGGAUGGAGGAGGUGAUCAGCUGGGUCCACCGGAUCCAGUUGCUCUGGGAGGCCACAGGAUGGACACAAGUGAUGCCUCAGCAUCGCACGAUUCCACUGAUGUACCCACAGCCAAGAUCUGGCGCCCCUCGUUCUCCCAGGAGGAGGUUGCCACUCCCUCACCUCCCCGUGCAGUUGCCUCUCUUUCUGUGCGUGUGGUUGGUCAGCCAGAGCGACAGGGCGUACCCCUGAUUGUACCCCGCCCACAACAAAGAGAAGGAACCGCCCCUGUAGAAGCAGGCCCUGCCCAUCCGAUGCCGCAGCUCAGCCAGUCUGCUCGCACUCAAGAGGACAGCGAUGAAGAUGAUGACGACGAUGAUGAUGACAGCGAUGAAGAUGACGACUGGGGUCCUUCAGCUCGUGGAAGAAAGAACAUCCACACACCUCCAGCGCAGCGCUCGCGGCGCAAGCUUCAGCCCCCUCAACACAUUCCACCCCGUCAUUCUCCACUGCAGCUCCGACAGCCCACUCCUCCUCCUUCUCCCCCUCCAGAGCUCUCCUUCCCCCUGCCUGACACCCCAAAACAGAGUCCCCCAGAGCAGGAUGAACCCGAAGCCCCAGAAGGGGCUGCUGUGUCCUCUCCAGCUUCCUUGCAGAGACAAGAAUCAAGCUCCAGCUCCAGAUCCAGCAGUCCUGAGCCUCCAUCCCAGCGCAGGCCUGGGCCACUCAGCCUGCUGGUGCGCAAAAUGGAAUCUGAGGGAGCUUUUGAUGGUGGGCAGAAGAAGGAUGAUGAGGAAGAGGGAGACACCACUGUGGCAACAGGAGAACAGGUUGAGGCUGGACCUGGGGUGCUUGUAUUUUCUAGAGGAGCAAAUGAUGUUCACACCAGCUGUGAUUCUGAGGUGGUUCCUGAUCAUCAAGAUUCACCUCAAGAGCAGCUGCCUGGGGAGCCUGAGUCUCUGCCCACUAUGCCCUCUAUCACUGAAAACAGCCCUCAGGGGUCAGUGGAGAUGAAAGAAGCCGAGGGGGAACAAGCAAAAAGUUCUCAGCCAGACGAGGAAGAGAAGCAAGAUGACCAGGAGGGCUGUAGUGAGCAGAAGGAAAAGGAGAAGGAGGCUGAGGAGAGCUUUAAUGUAUCAUCAUGGAAACGUGAGCGAGAGGAAUCACCGCCUAGGGAUUCCGCCGACUUCCGUCACACAUCGCCUCCCCCUUCCCCGCCUGCUCCUGCAAAACGAGCACGUAUCUUCUCUGAAGUUCCCCCACCCGAAUGCCUCAUGUCUCCUUCCAAACCGGAGCAGGUGUCAGUCCUUGUGUCAGGGCCGCAGCAUGCAGAUGCAGAUGUUGAAAUGGAGACUGAAGCUCCCGCUGGAGUUCUUCAGUCCUCACCCAUAAAGGAGCACGACAAGGAGAUGAAGGAGGUGAAAGCAGAGGAGCAGGAACCUGCAGAGGCACAUGAAGCAGCAGAAGACAUAAGUAAGCCUCCUUCGUCACUUCCUCCAUCUCCACCACCAGAGGAAGUGGAAGCUGAGCACGAAAGAGAGAGAUCUACAGAGAGCAAAAGAGAGGACUCUGCAGAGAGAGAAAGCGAGAUACCUGCAGAGAGAGAAAGCGAGAUACCUGCAGUGAGAGAAAGCGAGAUACCCGUAGAGAAAGAAAGCGAGAUAGCUGCAGAGAAAGAAAGAGAGGUGCCCGCAGAGAAAGAGAUACCAGCAGAUAAAGAAAGAGAGAUUCCUGCAGAGAAAGAGAUACCAACAGAGAAAGAAAGAGAGAUACCCGCAGAGAAAGAAAGAGAGAUACCUGCAGAGAAAGAGAUACCAGCAGAGAAAGAAAGAGAGAUACCCGCAGAGAAAGAGAUACCAUCAGACAAAGAAAGAGAGAUACCCGCAGAGAGAGGAAGGCAGAGGCCUGCAGAGAGAGGAAGGCAGAGAUCUGCUGCGAGCGAAAGGCAGAGGUCCGCAGAGAGAGGAAGGCAGAGGUCCGCAGAGAGAGGAAGGCAGAGGUCCGCAGAGAGAGGAAGGCAGAGGUCCGCAGAGAGAGGAAGGCAGAGGUCCGCAGAGAGAGGAAGGCGGAGGUCCGCAGUGAGUGAAAGGCGGAGAUCCGCAGAGAGAGGAAGGCAGAGGUCCACAGAGAGAGGACGGCAGAGGUCCGCAGUGAGUGAAAGGCAGAGGUCCACAGACAGAGAAGGAGAGAGAUCCGCAGAGAGGGAAAAAUCACGUGCACGACACUCAUCCUCCUCCAGCCAGUCUUCAUCCUCUGACUCUGAUUCAGAAUCCUCUUCCUCCAGUUCCUCAGGCUCCUCCCCACAGGACAAACCCAGGCCACCCAGUCAGAAUAAGGAUGAAGAGAAGAAAGCAAGCAGCCCAGAUGAUCCAGCAGAGGAGAAGGAAAAACCUUUGAGGGAUGUAAAGCAGGCCACGGUUGCCGAGCCCACAGGUCCCGUCUCUAUGGAGCUCCAGGAACAACCUGAGUCCGAGAGUGCACUGGCUCAUCCUGCCUCACAGGAGGCGCCUGAGACCAGCGAGUCCCGUCCCGAUGAGAGCACCACUCCAAAAGCCUUUGCUGCACGCAAGAUUUCACUUACGACUGCUAAGCCAGAGGGAGCAGCAGUGGAGGCGGAGUCUGGGGGCGGGGCUGGCAGGAAGAGGCGGUGGGGCUCUAGUACAGCAGUCACUGCCAAAAAGCCCUCAAUCAGCAUCACCACUGAAUCACUGAAGUCUUUAAUCCCAGACCUUAAGCCGCUGCAAGAGGCCGUCGUGGACCUGCACCCAGACGAGGGUCGUUUCUCCGGGGACGAGGACUCAAGUCAGCAGCCUGAGCGUGAUGAGGACCAGGGGCUUCAGAUCAGACGUACUGUAACACAGGUGGUUCCAUCUGAAAGUCAAGAGAAUGGGCAGAAAGAAAAGGAGGAGGAUGAAGACGAGGAGGAAGAGCAGCCAGAAGGAGAGAAAGAGAAACCCCCAAAGAAACCAAGGAGGGAGAGCUCAUCAGAGGUUGCCAUGGAAACACAGGAGGGUGACACUAAGAAGGUGACCCCUAACGACUCAGUGGUGCGGCGCUCCAUCAGUCAGCAGAAAGUGGCUGUGUCCAUCACCAUCGAUGACCCGGUGCGCACAGGCCGUCAGCUCUCACCUCCCCGUGGCAAAACAUCCAACAUCAUCCACGUCUGCAACCUGGUUCGCCCCUUUACUUUAGGCCAGCUGAAGGAGCUGUUGAAUCGGACCGGUGCGGUUGUGGAGGACGGCUUCUGGAUCGAUAAAAUCAAAUCCCACUGCUACGUCACCUAUGCCAGUACAGAGGAGGCUGUUGCGACACGUGAAGCUCUCCACGGCGUGAAAUGGCCCUCUAGCAACCCCAAAGUGCUCCGUGUGGACUUCUGUGAGCAGAAGGAGCUGGACUUCCAUAAAGGGCUGCUGACUGGUGAAGAUCCACGAGCUGUUCCAGCCCCUAACCGCCCCGCAGCCCCUCCUCCACUCAUGCCCCCGACACGGGAGAAAGAGCGCGAGCGUGAGCGCGAGAGAGACGGAGCAACUACGAACGUGAGGGACCAGUGGGCCGAGAGGGAGCGAGAGAUGGAGCGCAGAGAAAGGACACGAUCGGAGAGGGAGUGGGACAGAGACAAGGUGCGAGACUUCACCAGGGAGGAAAGGGAAGCAGCCAGGAGAUCACGAUCGCGUGACCGGGAGAGGAGACGCAAGGAGCGAGGAAAGAGCAAAGAGAAGAAGUCUGAGAAAAAGGAUAAACCAGAGGAGCCUCCUGCCAAACUUCUGGAUGAUCUGUUCCGCAAAACCAAAGCAGCUCCAUGUAUUUACUGGCUGCCACUUACUGAAGAACAGGCGACUCAGAAGAGCCUGGAACGAGCGGAGAGGAUGAAGGAGCGGGAGAAGAGGAGGAAGGAGCUCCAGGAGGAGGAGGACAAGAAGCGCGAGGAGGAGAGGAAGGAAAGGGCACGAGGCCGAGAGAGAGACGGGGGGAACGCGGUGAGCAGUGGGGGAGGCUCAAGCCGUCCAUCUGAAGGAGAGAAGGACAAAGAGAGGGAGAGGGAAAGAGACAGGGAGCGGGAACGGGGUAGAGAGAAAGAGGGAGAGAAAAGGAGAGACAGCAACAGAGGCCGAGGCAACGACUCCAAGCCAGCGGGGGGCAGCAGACGCUCACGAAGCCACAGCAAUCCCUCCAGGGACAGAAGGCGUUGAGUGUGUAUGUGUGUGUGUGAGAGAGAGAGAGAGAGCGAGCGAGCGCAAAUACAAGCGUGUGUGUGUGUGGUACUUGGAGGAAGAUGGACACCCGUUCUUGCCGACUGCGCCCCAAAUUAUGAAGCGAAAGUUCCAACCCUGAAAAUCUUCAUUGUUUCAUAUGCAUACACUUUUUUGGUAGCAUCUCACACAUUCAGUCACAUCUGCUGUAUAUCCUUGUUUCAGGACAUUUUUUAUUAUUAGUUCCUUUUUUGUGUUGUAGAAAUCUUUCCCCUUUUGUGAUUUUGCAGUUGAUUACUGUUUCUCUGGUCUUAAACGGAUUCGUAUCAAGGGCUCGUGCAGAUUCAUUUCCUCGUAGUUACGCAUUCACACACACGGACAAGGUUACACCUUUCAGCAGGGUGAUUUUUAUUUUAACGCAUCAUUUUCUCUGUCUUUUUUUUAAAGCCCUUGAUUAUUUUUAUUUAUAAAUUCUAAUUGGAGUCAGUUGUGGCGUACUUCCUUAUAUCAAAGAAUUAUUUUAUUCUUUCUGAGUCUUUUAAUUAACUUUGGUUGACCGAAAGAUCCCCCUAAGCAAAACAUUUUGGCCAUGGAGUCGGGCUAAUUGUGUGUUUUGGACCAUGGCUUCAUCCUUUCAGGCCCUGCUGCACUGAACAGUACACUGACUACCCGCGUAUCUGUCCGGUGUUAACUCUAGAACGGUGCUGUUAUGAAGGAUAACAGGUGUUUAACACAUCUCGUCUCUCCCUGUCCUACUGCCACCUCCCUCCGCAUCGCCCUGUCUCUCCCCAUGUUCUCCUGUUUGGGAGUCUGUAGUCCUCUCAGUUCUUUAGUGUUGUACUCAGAGUUUGAGAUAAGGGAGGAAACUAACAGUUAUAGAUGAGAGGAACGAUACAUGUUUUAAUGAUGUUUUAACUUUUUUUUUUUUUUUUUUUAAGUUUGAAAAAGAGAAAUUCCUAUUUGCUUUUUGAUUAUUUUUUUUCUGAGUAUGCCGAAUGUACAAAGAAUAAAAAAGUGACUAAAGGAAAGGUGGUUGGUGAAUAUUAUUUUAUUUAUUUUUUUAAAGUAUUUGGACUUGGAUGAUUCUUAAUCUUUUUAAGGUGAGCAGCCAAUUAAGAUCUUGUCAUUUCUCUCUGCCUUGUUGAUCUAAGUGACACUAGUCUGUUCUGGAGGUUUUGAGUGUGUGUAUGGAAGUGGACAGAUGGUGUGUCCUUCUAGAAUGCUUAACUGCACUAUAUCAGUAUGUACAACAGUUUGGUGACUGGUCUGACAUGGGUUUAUUUAAAAACAAAGAAGACAGCAUGUUAAUUCUCCUUUAACAAGUAGUGAUUCAGUAAUGCAACAGUGGAUAUGACAAGUCUGGUGAAAUACUUUAACAGCCCAGGUUAAAAAAGAUAAAUGGCCUUAAAAAAUAAUCAGUGUGCUACAUUCAUAAAUUAAAAUGCCUU